CCAUUGACCAGUAUUCUUAUGAACUAUGCAACUCCCGUAUGACCAAUGGCUUGAACGCGACUGCUUGACUAUUCGUUUACUCUUUAUUACGGUUUGCUUUCAUUUUCUUUGCAAAUAAAAAGGUUCUUCUUUCUUCUUCUUCUCCUCCUCCUCAGUCGCUACAACUUCCACGAAGAGUUUUCCUUUGAGAUUCAGUGGCUGUAGAAAACCAAAAACUCACUUAAGCAGCUUCUGGUUCAUCAACUUCGAAAUGGGUUUUGUGGGUCUUGUUCAAUUUGCUGGCAAAUAUUUUGUUGAUGUUCUUGCAUGGCCUCUCUUUGCCUUGGGGUAUCCACUGUAAGAUUCUUUCUAUAUGUGCUUCUGUUAGGGCAAUUGAGCACAAUUCAGUUUCAGACACUCAGAAGUUGAAUACUUAUUGGGUUGUUUUCUCUUUGAUUCUGCUUCUUGAACAUGUUUUGAAUCUCCUUGAGUGGCUUCGGCUGUGGCAAUACAUCAGGCUAAUGAUUGUCUGCUGGUUGGUGGUCCCUUACUUUGAUGGUGCUUUCUACGUCUAUAAAAAUCUUAUUCGUCCAUGUCUUUCUAUGGACCUCCAAAACGUCAUCAAUUGGUUCAAUAAACGAAUGAAGUCCUUGUAUGCGAAAGAUAACUUUUCAACCGAGAUGGAGAAAUAUAUAAAGGAGAAUGGACCUGAAGCUCUUGAGAAAAUCAUUGCUCGGAAGUCUGGUAGCACAAUGCAGAAUCUUGAUGUGAAAGAUAUCAAAGCAUCACCAUCUACAGAGAAUAAAAAGGUGGAGCAGUUGAACUCUGAAAGGCCUACUGUUACACAGAAAGAUAUCAGACCUAUAGAGGUUUUGGAUAAGAAUGAAGUGAAAGCUCUUAAGCAAGAUGGCGGAGUACAGCCAAAUGUCACUCGGGUUGAAAACAUAAAUUUUGCAGGUCCAGAGAUUAAAAAACCGGUUCCUGAAGUUGCAACACAAAGAGAACUUCCACAGACACCUACUUCUACUAAAGGCCAGAAAUUGACCUGUGAGAUAUGCAAUAUAACAUUGCAGAGUGUGAAUGCUUUGGAUUACCACCUCGAAGGGAAAAACCACCAGGCUGCUGUUGAGGCACUGAAAGCCAAAAUCCAGUCGCCAGGCCCCAAAGUUGUCCACAAUUUUGCGGGUCCAGAGAUUAAAAAACAGGUUCGUAAAGCUGCAGCACAAAGAGAACUUCCACAGACGUCUGCUUCUGGUAAAGGCCAGAAAUGGACUUGUGACAUAUGCCAUAUGAAAUUGCAGAGUGUGAUUACUUUGAAUUCUCACCUUCAAGGGAAAAAACACAAGGCUGCUGUUGAGGCACUGAAAGCCAAAUUCCAGUUGUCAAGCCCCAAGGUUUCCCCCACUGAUAUUCCAAAAAAUUCCAAUGUGCCAAAUGUGAAGCCGGGAAAGAGUGGACCACAGAAAGAGUAUCCCGGUAAUGCUGAGGUUCGAGGCCAGCAACAGGGUAAUCCUGCUUCCGUUCCAAGGAAUACAGUGCAGCAUUGGGAUUGGGAUUGGGAUUGGGGUUGGGAUUGAUAAGAGCUCUCUAUGGUGCAGCAUUUGUAAUGUAAAAUGUACUGGUGAGUCUAACAUGGCAUCUCAACUUAGAGGCAGAAGGCACUUAGCUGCCCUUCAAAAACUAUCCACUUAGUCCACUUAGUUCGAUUUCCUCAUCUGAGACCCCCACUCUGUUUCUCUCUCUCUCUCUCUCUCUCUAUAUAUAUAUAUAUAUAUAUGUAUAUAUUUAUAAUGCAAUUUAGGUCGUAUUAUCGUUUUCUA